AUGUUCGGAAAAUAUAGCUCAAUCGUGAUCCUUGGCGCUCUCUUGGUGGCCCAAAUCAAUGCUUUUUCUUUGGAUAUGUCGGCUGGAAAAACCGCCGUCAUCGCUGGUGCAACUGGGUACAUUGGAAAGUCGACAGUUAGAGAAAGUGUUAGACAAGGAUACAAGACAAUUGCCCUUGUUCGCGACAAGAGCAAGGUUGAGUCUAAGGAAGGCAAAAUGUUGUACGGACAGUUCUUUGAGGGUGCCGAUAUUGUGGAGUGUGAUGUGACGAACCCAGCUCAGUUGACCAAGACUUUUGAAGAAAUCAAAGCCCAAAAUGGUGACAUCGAGGCCGUCAUCUCUUGCCUGGCCUCCAGAUCUGGAAUUAAGAAGGAUGCUUAUGCCAUUGACUACCAAGCCACCAAAAACUGUUUGGACUCUGGUAUUGCUACUGAUGCUCGUCACUUUGUGCUGUUGAGUGCCUUUUGCGUCAAGAAUCCUUGGUUGCAAUUCCAACAAGCCAAGCUCAAACUUGAGGCUGAUCUUCAGGCACAAGAAAAGAUGACUUACAGCAUCGUUCGACCGACCGCUUUCUUCAAGUCUGUUUCCGGUCAAUUAGAAGUUAUUCAACAAGGGGCUCCUUUUGUAAUGUUCGGCGAUGGAGAAGUCACCAGAUGUAACCCAAUUGCUGAGUCUGAAUUGGCAGAAUACUUGAUUAAUUGCAUUGCUGAUAAGACAAAGGAGAACGAGAUCUUGAACCUUGGAGGCCCAGACGAGCCAUUGACCAUGAAGAAGCAAGGAGAGAUGCUUUAUAAGGCUGUCGGAAAGGAACCAAACUUCUUCUUUGCCCCACUUUGGCUCUUUGACACCAUCAUUGAUAGUUUGCAAUGGGCGGCUGAUACUUUCAACAGUGAAAAGUUGGAGAAUGCUGCCGAGCUUGGUAGAAUCGGAAAGUACUAUGCCGUGGAAGAUAUGUUGACAACUGAUCCUUCAGAGAAGUUCGGAAAGAUCAGCCUCCAAGAGCACUACGACCGCAUCGCUGUUGAAGGACAAGAGUACGAUCCUUACACCACAAUGUUUGCCAAGGCACCAACUUCGGAUUAA